AUGGCCGACAACGUUCUUACUUCCAGUGCUGAGGUCGGCGCCCAAGCUAUCAAUGUUCGUGCAGAAUUAAAAACAUGGGAGAAAGCCUUCGCGUCGGCCAACGGGGGCCGCAAAGCCGGACGCAAUGAUAUCAAACAAAACGCGGAUAUCGCGGCUAAAUACAAGGAAUACAGUCGCCUCAAGGCCCUUGAGGCAUCCCUAAGUCGGCGGGAAAACAGUCGACAGGAGCCAUAUGAUAGUAACUCGAAAAAGCGGAAACAUGCAUCUCCCCCCGGUCAGGAUGGUGCAUUUCUUCAAGUUACACCCCGUAAAUCGUCCAGGGGACUCUUUGCAACGCCAUCCAACAAUCGCACCAAACAACACCCUGCACAACUCGAUCCGUAUGACUCGCCGUCAACUCUUCGCAGACUCUUUAGUCCAAGCACACAUAGGCAAGGACCACCAGCACCUUCACCAUUCAAAGUCGCAAUUGGACCUACGCCCCAGCGUGAUGGAAAGACAUUGGGCCUAUUCGACAUGCUAUCUGAAUCUGGUGGGAGUGGCGGGACGCCUUCUGCCACAAGGCAAUCAAAUAACCUAACAGCCGCGUUUCGAACACCCUCCAAAAGAAGGCCCGUGAACACGAUCCCUGAGGAUCCGGAAGAAGAAGCUCAACAGGAAACGCCCAGGCUUGCGCGAACCCCUGCAUCUGAGACCAAGCAGUUCUAUCUUGCAAAUCUAUUCGCAACACCGACGACGAUGCGUUAUGCCGCCAUAGUAGAAGCAGAGGAUGACGCAGAUGCACAGAAGAUGAAUUUGCUAAACCCUACGGCUGAAAUAUCACCGCAAGAAGCGCAGUCUGGGACACCAUCUUUCCUCCGUCGCUCCAACUCUGGUCGAUAUCCUCCACCUAAUGCAAAGCAUGAUGGUCCAGGUCUCAGUCCUAUUGUUUCACGCAAGCCCCAAAGAUUUGCCAGCAAGGGGCUAACGCAUUUAGUCCAAGGACUGCGGGACAUGGAGGAGGAUCGUAUGGAAGACGACUGGGACGUGAUGCGCGAGAUGGAGGAAGAAGCGGAGGCAGAAGAAGCUGCCAAGAUCCAGAUUGAGGAUAGUCAGGCACCAGACGUGAACCGAAAAUACAAGAAGAAGGGCCAGAAGCGGACGACUCGAAGAGUGAUUAUGAGACCGGUUAUCCAUCAGCCGAAGCCCAAAUCAAACCCAGCUCCUGCGAUGGAGGACUGGGAACACGAGGACGAAGUUCUAGCAGUUCCGGAAACGCAACAGCUACCUGCUGCCAAUGAUGGCUGGGAUGAUGUCCCGAGUGAUAUUGAGCGAGCGGACGAGGCCGCUUCCCUUCAUACCAUGUCGGAGCCCGAGCUUGAUACUGAGGCCGAGUUUGAUCCGGACUCGGAUGAUGAUCCCGAAUUUGGAGAACAGCCAAAGCCUGUUGCCAGACCGAAGACUUUCUCGGAGAGAAUCAAGGAAGCUGUUUCGUCUGCCGCGAAGCCGCAGGAACAAGAACCCCUAGGCAAACCUCCAAAGAAUCCUUCCGAGACUGCCGAAGCGAAGAAACCCCGUGGCCGGAAGAUCAAACCCGAAGCUCAUGCGAACUAUCGAUCAAUGAACAUCAACAGAGGGUCCUCGCGGGCUAGAGGGCGUUUCCGUCGGAAGUAA